AUAUCAUUCCAAUCUUUUGGAAGACCGUAGUAGUGACUCUUUCCCUCUUUAAUCAUCAUGACUAAAUUUGAGGUAGUUUUCAUCUCAACACCAACCAUUGGAAACAUGGUUCCCACAGUUGAAUUUGCUAACCAUCUAACCAAACACUACCCUCAACUCUCUCCAACCAUUCUCAUCAUCACCAUACCAAAGCUACCACUCGUUAACACUUACCUCCAAUCACGUCCUUCCUCCGCUGCUAAUCUCCGUUUCAUCCACCUCCCUACCAUAGACCCUCCCACACCCGAUCAAUACCAAUCCUUAAUCGCUUACAUAUCCCUCCUCAUACAAAAACACAAAAACAACAUCAAAAACACACUCCUCAAUCUCACAAAAACCAACUCGCUCGUUGCUUUGUUUGUUGACAUGUUCUCCACCACCAUCAUCGAUGUUGCGAAUGAGAUAUUCGUACCUUGCUACCUCUUCUUUGCAUCGCCUGCGAGUUUUCUGGGAUUCACGCUCCACAUUCCGCGACUCAAAUCAGUUGAAUUGGAAAAUGAAUUUGAAAUUCCGACUUUCCAAAACUUGCUUCCGAAACUUGUUUUGCCUGACUUGGUUUUGGACACGAAAACUGAAGAAGACGGUUAUUCGUGGGUUUCAUACCAUGCAAGGAGGUACAGAGAAACAAAGGGUAUUGUGGUAAAUACAUUACAAGAGCUUGAACCUUAUGCUCUACAAUCACUUUACAAGGAUUUGCAGCUUCCACCUGUUUACCCAAUUGGACCGGUUCUCGACCUUGUUGGACCGGUCCAAUGGGACCCAAACCCAGUCCAGUAUAAUUAUAUCAUGGAGUGGUUAGAUUUGCAGUCUGUUGGGUCUGUGGUUUUUCUUUGCUUUGGUAGCUUGGGUAGUCUAAAAGUAAAACAAGUACAGGAAAUUGCUAUUGGACUUGAACGGGUUGGGAUUAGAUUUUUAUGGGCUUUACGUGGACCUCCGAAGGCCCAAUUAGCAGACCCGAGAGACUAUGCGAGUUACGAGAAUGUUCUACCGGAUGGGUUUUUGGAGCGGACUGUGGGAAUGGGUAUAGUAUGUGGAUGGGUCCCACAAGCCAAGGUACUGGCCCACAAGGCAGUGGGUGGAUUCGUGUCGCAUUGUGGUUGGAACUCGAUUUUAGAGAGUUUGUGGUUUGGUGUGCCAAUUGCCACGUGGCCGGUCUAUGCAGAGCAACAAAUGAAUGCAUUCCAGAUGGUUAGGGAAUUGGGAUUAGCAGUGGAGAUUAGGCUGGAUUAUAGGGUGGGUGGGGAUCUGGUGUUGGCAGAAGAAGUUAAGAAUGGUGUUAGUACCUUGAUGAACAAUAGUGAUGAGAUUAGGAGGAAGGUAAAAGAAAUGAGUGAAAAGUGUAAGGUUAGUUUGAUGGAGAAUGGAUCAUCUUAUACCAACCUUAUGUCUCUGAUUCAAGAAUUGACAAAAUGAUCAACCCAUAUUAGAUAUAUCAUUUAAUUAAAAAAAGAUAUUAGAUAUAUCAAUAGAACUUUGUAUCUUGUAGGUUUAGCUUAUGGCUUUGAAACCAAAGCUAGAUUGAUAAUGCCUCUAUGAAAACUGAA